UCGGUGUUUCGCCUGUAGUGGGAAGUGUCCAUUUCCAUUCAGAUUUUAUCAAAUUUCCUUCCUAUUUUUCUGAAUUUUAAAAGAACAAAAUCCAAAGUACGCACUUGGUCUACUGUUAUCUGGGGAUUUCUCUCUUAUCCAGCCAAAAUGCCGAGAGUAAUGAUCAAGGGAGGUGUUUGGAGAAACACCGAGGAUGAGAUUUUGAAGGCAGCUGUAAUGAAAUAUGGCAAAAACCAAUGGUCCCGAAUUGCAUCUCUCCUGCAUCGAAAGUCAGCGAAACAAUGUAAAGCCCGUUGGUAUGAAUGGUUGGAUCCAAGCAUCAAGAAAACGGAAUGGAGUCGCGAAGAAGACGAAAAAUUACUACACAUGGCAAAACUUAUGCCUACUCAGUGGCGGACGAUCGCUCCAAUUAUUGGGCGCACAGCGGCACAAUGUCUGGAACGAUAUGAAUAUUUACUGGAUCAAGCUCAAAAGAAGGAAGAAGGCGAGGAAGCGACAGAUGAUCCGAGGAAGUUGAGACCGGGUGAAAUCGAUCCAAAUCCUGAAACAAAACCGGCUCGUCCUGACCCAAAGGACAUGGAUGAAGAUGAAUUGGAAAUGUUGUCGGAAGCAAGAGCAAGAUUGGCAAAUACGCAAGGAAAGAAGGCAAAGCGAAAGGCUCGAGAAAAGCAACUGGAGGAGGCGAGAAGAUUGGCUGCUUUGCAAAAGCGGAGAGAGCUGCGAAUGGCUGGAAUAGGAAGUCGUCAAAAGCGACCUAAAAAACGUCAAAUUGACUACAAUAAGGAAAUACCAUUUGAAAAGGAACCUGCAUCUGGGUUUUACGACACAGCAAACGAAGUGUAUGAUCCACAGAAUCCGAACUUUGGUCGGCUCCGUCAGCAACAAUUAGAAGGAGAAAUGCGAAAAGAUAAAGAAGAGCGUGAGAGAAAGAAAGACAAGGAUAAGUUGAAACAGCGAAAAGAAAAUGACUUGCCGUCCUUUAUGUCGCAAACUGACGAACCCCAGCGAAAACGAAGUAAAUUGGUUCUACCAGAACCUCAAAUUUCUGAUGGGGAACUUGAACAGGUUGUAAAACUUGGAAAAGCAUCACUAGCUGCGAAGGAAGCCGCAAGCGAAACUGGAACUUUGGCGUCUCAAACACUACUGAACGAUUACUCUUUAACUAACACUUCAACAGCGUUGAGGACUCCACGUACUCCUGCUCCUAUCACGGAUAAAAUUUUACAGGAAGCUCAAAAUAUUAUGGCUCUGUCUAAUGUCGAAACGCCUUUGAAAGGAGGGUUAAAUACUCCACUAAUGGAAAGCGACUUUAGUGGAAUGAUGCCAACACCACAAGUUUCAGCAACUGCCAAUACCGUUUUGGCCACACCGUUUCGUACUCCAGCUGGACAACAAGGAAUGACUCCAGCAUCAAGCAGAUUGAGCGUCGCUGCCACUCCACGUGGAGGAGCUAUUCCAACUGCGACGCCACUUCGCGACAAAUUGAAUAUUAAUCCGGAAGAUGAACUGGAGGUCGAUGGAAUCGCUAAUAAGCAUUUACAAAAGGCUGUCCGGGAGAACUUGAAAGAUCAACUUGGAGCAUUGCCCACGCCCAAAAAUGACUACGAGAUUGUUGUACCAGAUGAUGACGCAGAAGUAGAUGGUGAAGAUGGUCUUAGAAAGGGAUCGAAACUUGAAGACAAGGAGGAACUUGAUCGCAGAGUAGCUGAAGAAGCUCAGGCCAAGCGGAUGGAGGAAUUUAAGAAACUUUGCAAGGCCGUUCAGAGGAAUCUACCGCGACCGAUGGAUGUUAACGAGACGAUUUUACGACCUCCUGGAAUGGACCUCACUGCAUUGCAAAGGGCUGAGGAAAUGGUAAAACAAGAAAUGGUUUUGAUGCUACAUCAUGACGCAUUGGUGGCACCGUCUGAUAACCAGGUUGUCUCCAGGAAAGGUCAGCCUACGGUACACAAUGAACAGAAACAUUUUUUAUUUUUGGAAAAACAUAAAUAUCACGACAUUAGUCGAGAACGAAUGGACGAGGCAUAUAAGCUCUUGGAAGCUGAGACACAAGUAGUUAAAAAGGGAAUGGGCCACGGCGAGCUGUCAAUUGAGGCAUAUACACAAGUGUGGGAAGAGUGCUUGUCACAAGUGCUUUUCCUCCCCGGACAAAAUCGUUACACGAGGGCAUCACUUGCAACCAAAAAGGACAGACUUGAGUCUAGUGAGAAGAAACUGGAACAAAAUAGAAGUCAAAUGCAGAAAGAAGCCAAACGUGCUGCUAAAAUGGAAAAGAAACUUAAAAUCUUGACUGGAGGAUAUCAAAUGAGAGCACAAGCUUUAAUUAAGCAGUUUCAAGACCUCACUGAUCAGAUCGAGAGGGGGAACAUGGAGUUGUCCACAUUUGAAUUUCUGAAAGAUAUGGAAAGCAUUGCAAUUCCUCGAAGAGUGGAGGGUUUGCAGGCAGAUUUAGAUGUACAGAAAGCUCGAGAGAAGGAACUCCAAGAGCGAUUCAGGAAUGCGCAAUUCACAUUGGAUAAUUUAAAACAACAGUUUGACAACUGCAAAUUUUAGAUAGUUGCAUUACAUAAGCAUUUGAUUGCGGUUUGAAAAUUGAACAGAUGUGUUAGUUAUGGCUCUGAAUUAAAUAUGUGACCAUUGAAAUUGUAUCAUGUAACAUGCGUUGAAGGCAUGAGCUAAUUUAUAAUAAAACCUAUAGUGCAGACUUGAUUUAGCCCGAGCCAGGGUCAGAUUCCUCGUUUAAAAUUUUGUAACGCGACCUAGCUUCUAUUUUCCAAUUGUGCGAUAUUCAACGAUGCAGGUCACACCGCAGAUACUUGUCAUUAAUGUUCCAUAAAUCUAGCGUGUAAAAUCCCACCUUUUUUCCUACCGAUUUCAAAAUCAAGGUCACCCCAUUGGCAAAUUAUUUGAUAUAUUAUCACUAAAUGACGAUUACAUAAGCCCUGACUCGGACUAAAAUGUAUCAGUCGAAAACUUGUGUGCAUGAUACAUGUACCAUUUAAGUUUUAAACUCACGGAUUUCUUAUGUUGGUUUGGUUUAUUUGGGUAAUAAAUUGUUCCUAUAUUCCAAGGUUAA